CCAUAAAGAGUUAGGCAGGAUAGUGCUGAGGCAUCACUGGACAGCAUUAAAACAACCGUCUGUCCAGGGCUGCGUUACAGCCACCCACCGCAGCCCACCUCUCUGCCACUGCAGUCUCACGUUCUGUACCACUACUGCCCUGUUGGCCGGAUUAACUCAUAGAACGGUGAAAAGACCAAACAGACAUCAUGUCUGAGAAAAAGAUGUCAUCGAGCCGCAAGCAUCAUCUGAAGAGCCUGAUGCUCCAGAUCGCCCAGGAACUGAUAGCGGAAGAGGAAGCCCAGUCUUUAGAGGACAGGAAGCAGUACAUGAGCGAAAAUAUCACUCCUCUGCAGCUCACAGGAUCCAUUGCAGAACUCCAGGACCUGUGUAAGAAGAUGCACCAGAAGAUUGAUGUGAUAGAUGAGGAGAGAUACGACCUGGGCAGCAAAGUUGGCAAAAGUGAUAAAGAGAUUGAGGAUCUGCAGAUUAAAGUACAGGACCUGAAGGGAAAGUUCAAGAAGCCCGUCCUGAAGAAAGUCCGCAUGUCUGCUGAUGCUAUGCUCCAGGCUCUGCUGGGCUCCAAACACAAGGUGUCCAUGGACCUGAGGGCCAACCUGAAGCAAGUCAAGAAGGAGGUCAAGGAAGAGGACAAAGAAUCUGUGGGUGACUGGCGUAAGAACAUCGAAGACAAAUCAGACAGGAAGAAGAUGUUUGAGACUACUAAGGAGUAGAUGUUACUGGAGAUCCAGACAGGAAGUAGUUUGAGACUCAUAAGGAGUAGAUGUUACUGGAGUUCCAGACAGGAAGUAGUUUGAGACUCAUAAGGAGUAGAUGUUACUGGAGUUCCAGACAGGGAGAUGUUAGAGACUCAUAAGGAGUAGAUGUUACUGGAGAUCCAGACAGGAAGUAGUUUGAGACUCAUAAGGAGUAGAUGUUACUGGAGUUCCAGACAGGGAGAUGUUAGAGACUCAUAAGGAGUAGAUGUUACUGGAGAUCCAGACAGGAAGUAGUUUGAGACUCAUAAGGAGUAGAUGUUACUGGAGUUCCAGACAGGGAGAUGUUAGAGACUCAUAAGGAGUAGAUGUUACUGGAGUUCCAGACAGGGAGAUGUUAGAGACAGCUUGAACAACCUUCUGCCUUUGGUUACGAAGUUAUCCAGUUUUGACUCGUUUGCGUGUUUGUUUGUUUUUCGUCUCUGGCUAAAUUCAUCUAAGAGGUAGUUCCAUCUCACUAGGACUGUUGUAAACAGGUGUUAAUGAAUUGUAAUGAUAUCUAAGAGGUAGUUCCAUCUCUCUAGGACUGUUGUGGCAGGUGUUAAUGAAUUGUAAU